AUGGAUCAUGACUACCCAAACUGCUGGGGCUACGUCUUUUUGUUGUCGCACUUUCUACGGUCCCGAGGAAGGCAAAAGAAAAAGGCCCUCGACCCUACACCCAACGAUAUGCUGUGGUCCCGCCACUACAACAUCGUAAUUGAGGACCCGGAGCUCGCCGGCGCCACCGCCGGGAACGUCGGCUACCGUUUCGAAGACUGGGCGAAUGAGCACAUGCGUCUAGAUCAGCGUGCCCGCCGGUGCUUCGUCAAACUUGUUACUGGUGGACACCUCGAUGAAGAAGAAAGGCCCUGGUACUUCCUCGUGGAAAUGCACGAGCUGUGGGACCUGUGGUUCCCCGCCGGUAACAUUGAAUUUUCUGAAAUUGUGUGGCGUAGCAAGAUUGAUGAUCAGUAUGUCUUCUAUGGCCUUGAAGACGGUUAGUUCCUGUGCUGCCCACGGGGGGACGGGUGACGACCACUGGCAUAGGUGCGGUGGCUCUAUAAAUAUGGUAAGUACUUCCAGGUAUAUAGGCCCCAGGACUGAUUCACUUGAUAGCGGAGGCUAGGUACUUAGGUCUUAUUGCACUAUUUUGCUUGCGCCUCCCUUGAGGUGUGCAGAUUUAUGAAGCAGAUCUUGUGUGUCCCCAUUACCGAUAUAAAAGCAGUGCGAACGAUGUGGAUGGUAUUCGAAUGAAUGCCCCUCGUUGUAGCAGUCUCCGUGAACCAAACUGCCUGCCUCCUUUGCACAAAGAGUCAGCACGGGGUAUUCCAGACCGCAUACACCAUUAAACCGCCCUUCAC